AUGGCGCCUCGAGAAGCGACGGGGACUUUCCCUGAUCAGUUCUUAACCUUUGACUACGAUGCUUCUAUGCCGAUGGGAGCUCCGCCACCACAUGAUCCUGUACCGCCGGGCCCAGUAGACGCAGACCAAUCUGAUGUGGAUGAAGGAAGUCCAGUGCCUCCAGGUGCGCAAGAAACGUUAAACCACGUAGGCUCUGGUACUCAGUCAACGUCGGAAGCUAUUCGACCGUCGUCCUCGAAUGCCUCCCAGAUUGAUCCUCUGUCCAUUGAUCCGACUCUGAACCAAGCGUCCCCGUGGUCUACGGUAGUAGGAGACAGACCUCCUUUUGUGCCUCACUUUGGCAUGGAGAGUUCUGGUGGCGGCAGUGGCAGUGGUGGGACACCCGAAGGAACUUCAGCAGCUGGUUCGGCCUCUUCUCCCAGUGGCAGCGCGGCUGUCUCUACUGGCAACAACAACAACAGCAACAACAACUUGUCGUCGACUAGUUCUCCAGUGGGAGGAGGCUCUGUCUUGCCCAUGGACACUAAUGGGAACUCUGACGUUUUGGCAUCCCCGCUGUCGACGGGUUCUAGUAUUUUUAAUUCGUCGACUGCCCCCAAUUCGCCCGCUGUCAACGGCCACCCGUCUGUGUCGCCUGUGCGAUCCUUUCGGCCAUCCAACUCGACCAUCAGUACUGGCAACAACCCAAGCAGUGGAACCCCUGGGCCACGACGACUGCGGUCUCAAACCAACUUUCAAGUGAGAUCUGUUCUGGACAGUACAACCUCUAUGGAAAGUGACGACGAUGAUGGUCUGCCUGGACUGGACAGAACCUUUGACAGUCUCGCUUCUUCAGUACAACAGCUAGAAGAAACUUGGGAACAAGUAGACCAAGACCAUGAUGAAGAAGAUGAGGACGAAGACGACGAGGACGAAGUUGAUGGAGAUUCCGUGAUGUGUCCCGACAGCCACAUGUCGAGCAACGAAUCGGCGGCUUCUUCCUACUCGAGUGAAUCCAUGAGAAUGAUUUAUCGAAAUGGAGCAUUUGAUAUGUCAGCAGACGAGCCUUCCUCGCCACCCCCAGCAGCCACCACUGCUUCAUCUGCUGCUCCCCCAUCUCCAAACUCGAUCAUGCUAUCAUUUGGACCCAACACUACCGUUUCCGAUCUCAAAUACUUUGCCGAGAGGGGGUGCAUAGUGGCCCUUUUACAGGCUCUUACCACACCCCGACUGGUCACUCUGGGGACACGCAUGUUGGCAGAUUAUGCCAAAAUGUCACACCGACGAGUGGCUGUGGCCAGCAAUAGACGUAUUUUGGAGUUUGUACAACGGACCAUGCUGCAGGUAUCGGAACAUGCAGACUGGCUGGGAAGAGAGUACGCUGUCGAGACGAUUCGAAGUUUGACGGCCACCGAAGAAAGCGAUCGGUUUCUCAUGGGAACGUAUGGAUUGCUCACAACACUCGCCUUGGUGGCACGAGGAGGACCCUUUGUCACACACGUACAAGACAAUGGAGUUCGGUGUACGGUACCGCUGGCAUCGGAAAAGGCCAGACUGCAUGCAUGCAUUGCUAUCAUGAACUUGAGCUGCGGAAAGGCCAACAAGAUUGAAAUUGCCAAGGUACCAGAUGUUCUAGAAGCCAUGAGAGACGUCAUGGUCAACUCCACUGAUGAAGCAAGGCUGAAAGCAACCACAUGCAUCAAGAAUCUUAGUAAUGCCGACGCAAAUGAUUCGGCCCUGCUGGGGACACCAGGACUCGUCGAAGCCUUGGGACAUGUAGCCGCUGCAACAUGUUCGCCCGAAAAUGGAGCCACUCCUUGUACAACCAAUGCCUGCUUGGCACUCAUGAACUUGUCCAUUUCCAAGGCCAACAAGCACAGAGUCUUUCGAACCCCAGGCGUCAUGGAUGCUCUCAUGAAUGUCCUGGAGCGAACGACUGCACAAGGGUCCUCCACGGAAGCAAGGAUCAAGGCGUGUUCGGCACUCUCGAACUUGGCCAUUGGAUACGACAACAAGAUUCCCAUGUUCUCGUACCCUUGCUUCGUCGAUGCCAUUCUCAAUGUGAUCCAAACUGAUACAGGGGAAGCACGCACAAAGGCGUGCUCCAUCUUGUGGAGCUUUGCGGCGGAAAUGAAGAAUCAAGUGCCCGUUGUCCAGCGUGGAGACAUUCUUCCCGUCUUGGUGCAGGUUGCCGAAGAAGAUGGAACCACCGAGGCGAGGUUCAAAUGCGUUGCGGCCCUGACGUUGUUGGCAGAGUCGCUGGAGAAUGCCAUUCCAUUGCUUGAGUCCGGUGCUCUUGCGCCACUCAUGGAUAUUCUACAUGAAGCUGGACCUGACCCGACACAAUGGAAAGGGCAGACUGCUUCGUGGUGUGUGGGAUUCUUGAUGAAUAUUGCUCAAAGCGAUGAAGCCGUCCCAGCACUUCGGGAAGCUGGUGUUGUGGAGCUGUUGGCGCCUCUUUUGACUCUGGACCACUACCAGAGCCUCAAGGCGGCCAUGGCAGUCACCUUUGUUUGCAGAUACGAUGAAGGCGACGAAUGCUAUGACCUGUUGAGAAAAACAGAGAACGUCAUCCCCAAGAUCAUCAGCUUACUGCACAACACUUUGUCCGGACGAGGUGGCAACGGAUACAAGUACGGAGUGUUCACACUCAGGUCGUCGGUAGGAUGCAUCUCUGCCUUGGCGUCCGGUCCCGAUUUCAUGAAGGAAAGGAUUGCUACUGGUCCUGUCUAUGAGAGUUUGUUGAGAGUAGUUACGGACUUUUGUGUCAAUGGUGGCACUCCUGGCGCUAUUGUUGGCGGUGGACGCGACGAUGCAUUGAGUGCCACACUGGCUGUUCGGGCUCUUCAAUCUUUGACGGGACAUCUUAUCCCCAUUGCCGGUAGCAGCUCACUGCCAUUCGGUCAAUCCAUGGAAGAUCGGCUGUUGACAGCGCUGAUUUCUUUUGAGGGCUGUCAACACGCCGAAGUGAAGGAUUGCACUCGUCACCUGGCAACGGACGCCAAGAUUCGUAUCCAAGGCGGGAGGAAAGCGUCCAUGGCCCCAUCUGGUGGCUGUGCAUCAAUCCGAGACGGGGAAGUGGACGUGGGCUUGAACGACGUGACUUCAAUAGCAAGUGGCUGCUGUGGGCUGGAGACUCUUCCUGGUAUUGGAGAAGACCUGCUCCAAGCGUUGACGUCACCUGCAAGAAACGAAGACGGCAAGCCUGCGAUUAUUGCUCAAGCUUCCAAGAGGGACGCCAAGGACUUAGGGGGGUCAAAGCUUGUUCGCACCUUCUUGCUUGCGGACUCUACCACUGGGCGAAGAUUCGUUGUACCAACAGAUCCGAGUGGAGGUCGUGCGUUCAAUGAUAGACGAGUAUGGUGCUACCGGCGAGGUAGAUUUUGUGAAGAGGGAGAAGAGCCUGAUCUGAACUUUGUGUGGACUGAUGAACUUCAACAGGCUUACGAAGCCGCACUUGCUUUGCAUCAAGACUCUGCAUCACAAUCGGAUUCGGAGGGAGGAAAUGGUCGGGGUCAGUGA